AUGUGGGUAUGGCUGGCUAAUCCCCUCGCAGCAAGCAGGCCCCAAUUGCAACGCACCGAGUCCCAGCAGUCCGCCGCCGCUUCCGACGACUACUACUCCUUCUCAGAUCGUACUUCAAGCUCGCGAUCCCCCAGCGGUGGCAGCCGAGCGACCGUUGUGCGGUAUGCGACACCGAACUCCCAUCCUGCAUCCCGCACUUCAUCGCCUGCCAUUUCUCGAACUCAUCUAGCCGCCCCGCCAAUGGCUUCGCGAUCCGAUCAGUCGGUCGGAAUUCCCAACCAGAGUCGGAAUGCGCCUUCUCCUGCUUCCAGCGCAAUGCGCCAGGUUCAACAUAGACCUGUCCAUGCCAGUCCCAUGUCCAACAGCACCAGUCGUCGGGUGCCUAGCGAUACCUACGCCGGUCCGCCGCCCACUCCGGGGCUGGAUGAUUCUCCAUACAUUCACUUUGCCAUCGGUCAGCUCACGCGCGACCAAGAGGUUCGUGCCUUGAGCCGACAAGACUCGAUUGCAAGUGAGGAUCUACCGCCGGCCGAGCGUCUCGUCUGGGAUGAGGGGCUUGGAUGCUUCGUUCGCCCGUCGGGGCCAGAGAAGUCUCCUUCGCCCGUGCAAAAUCGUUCCAGUCCGCGACAGCCUCCCAGUCCACAACAACCUCUCAGUCCACAACGCCCGUCGCCCAAACCCACACCAGAAACUAGACCGCCGCAGGAUUCGGUGGAUCCGGAAACGUAUACUCCGGUAGACCCUCCGGAAGACAGUCUACUGUACCCGCCGCUUGAUUAUGUCCCCGUCGUCUUGAGACCAUGGGCAUUGUCUGCGAUUAUCUUCUGCUGCUUGCUCAUGAUCGCCGGUAUUGCGUUCUGCAAUGUUUGGGCUCAGAAACACCAGGGGCUCUGGGACUACAAUGGCCAGGGAGGGGGAAGAUACUUUGUCGUGGAAUUCCUGCCGCAGAUCCUCGCGGUUAUUAUCACAAUCUGGACUUUCGUUAUCCAGGCGGCGCUCUACCGCACCAUGCCGUUUGCGAUCAUGGGGUCAGAAAGGCCUCUUGGUCACGUCCUGCAGAAGCUAUCGACUUUGCCCAAAAAUUUCCUACUUCCCGAUCUGUCGCAUUUUCGUCACGGAGAAGCGUUGGUCGGAUUCGCCUUGCUUACAAUCUGGACCUCGAAUAUGAUCACGAUACCGCUGCUGAGUUGCUUUUUCCAGGCCAAGUGGUAUGUGAUUGAUGGUGAAGGAACGUGGCGGUGGACUUCCGUGAUGAGUGUUGGCUGGACCCUUAUCGCGGUAUACGGACUGUUGGUUAUUGGAUUGUUGUUAUUGACAUUCCGUUUCCUCAACACUUGGUCCGGCUUGAUGUGGGACCCAGUCUGCCUGGCCGAUUUGAUCUCAAUCAUCCAGCGAUCAAACGUGCUGCGCGAUUUUGAACAGUCUGAGACGGUGCCUAAUGUAGGCGAAACCCUCGACCCUCGGGUGCUCAGACUAGGGUACUGGCAGCUUCCACACCGGGAGGAGGUCUUCUACGGCGUCGGCGAGGUUGAUGCCCCGAUCGGAAAUCCCUCGUUGCAUCUGAUCGAGAAAAAUCGCGCAAGGCAAUACCAGGGCCUCUCAAAAGUCUCAUUUGACCUGGAGCAGCAGACCACGGUGGGAAAAGGCGAGUUUGAUGAGCACCUGUACACGCCAUCCGUUCGCUAUCGAUGGGUUCCUUGGUUUCUUCAAAAGACCUUCGUUGUGGGAUGGACGGUUACGAUCUGUGCUCUCUUUAUCGCGUUUGUAGUUGUGAGCUUUGUUCAUGAUGCGAUCAAGGGCGGCUUUCCACCCCGACUACCGACUCUCCCUUCGACAGGCGCGUUCUCUUCAUCCAACUUCUUGUACAGCUUUAUCCCAGCCUUGAUUGGGAAUCUUUUAUUCCUGGCAUGGCAGCCUAUCGACGUUUACUUCCGCGCUCUGCAGCCUUUUGUUGGCCUCUCCCGCCCAGAAGGUGCCUCCGCAGAGCAGAGUCUUUUGCUCGCCUAUCCCUCAUGUUUUCCUUUCCAGGUGACCGUGCUCGCGGCGCUGAACAAGCACUACAAGGUGGCGUGGAUCUCAUUUAUGGCCGUUGCCUCUGCAGCUAUUCCCAUUCUUGCUGGGGGUGUAUUCCUGGCAAUGUGGUAUCCUUCCCAUGACGAGAUCCGUAUCGCGGCCUUGAUGCCCGCCUUUUACGCGCUUAUCGUCUUUUGCGGACUGUACACUAUUUCCUUUUUCGCGAUCUGGCCACGUCGCUGCCGUCAUCUGCCCCACGACAUCAGCACCCUCGCCGAUCAGAUGAGCUUUCUUUACCAGAGUCCGCUGCUUGCAGACAAGCUCCUACGCGAGCCGAGGAGCAAAGCCGACCUUGUCACUCGGCUGGUCAUCGCACCGCCCGGGGAUCGAGAGUUCCCGACCUACGGGUUCGGCAUUUUCGUCGGCCGCGAUGGCAAGGAGCAUUUGGGAAUUGACCGCUUCCAUCGACCUGGUCGAGCUGACAUGCUGAUAACGACCGGGUCAAUGAAGUAA